UGUCCCUGCUGUUGUUGCUGUACAUGUGCAGAUGAGUAAAGUUGCAGUCGCAUAAUGCGGGUGUGAAUGUGAGGGGAUCAGUCAGUGUCCGGCCCGACACUCAGCGCCUGUGGAAUACCAGCCUGGAAACACAACAGGUCACUUCUGCGCUAACUGCCAGCUAAGCACAAGGAGAAGUAUCAUAAGAAAGUUCAGAAGAUGCAAUGGCCUGCCCAUUUCUUCAUACUGAUUGAAAUACAUCUUUGACCAAUAUGGUUUGUAACUGUGCUACUUUUUGAAUAUCUUCUACCUGAAAAACUGUCUCCUUCGGUUCAUGGAACAUCUGAAAGUACCUCUACCAGACCGUUCAUAUUUGUUGCAUGGGAAGCUAGAAUUCAGAGAAGAAUUUAAAACAAGGUUUUAUAAAUCAUAAUUAAGCUCCUAUCGCCAAAAAUAAUCUGAAAACACAGAGAUCUUUGAUCCAAAAAAAAAAGAAAGCUAUAAAAACAUUGAUGUGAGGCCAAUGGUAAAAGCUACAUUAUUUUUGAAAAAAAUGUGAAAUUCAAGUCUAUAACAUCUGCGAUUCAUCAAGCUAACUGGGAAAUGUCCAAAAAGGCAUGGAGACAAAUCUGAGUUGCCAUCUUCUAACCAGUCGUAAAUAAUGAUAGUAUAAACAUAGCAUUGACUGCAUACUAAAUGUUGCUCCUCAGUGCCUAUUUUUGUUGAUGUACAGUAUAAUUGAGUGCAAAACAUUUCUAGGGUUUCAUAAUUCAACAACCAAAACCAAUACCUUUCUGGAUUUGAUAUGAUUAAAAGCUGGAGAGAAAACAUCUAUGCAAGUUCCUCUGCCGUCUCCUUCACUAUGGUAAUUCUUCAUGAAAAUAACACGGUAGAAAGCAUCCAGCUCUGCUUGAACUGCACUCAUCCGGUGGCAACCAUCAACAUUUCUAAGGCCAUUGUGGUUGGUGUUAUUUUUGGUGUGUUCAUCACGUUUGGACUUCUUGGAAAUAUUUUGGUUAUUCUUUCGGUGGCCUGUCAUCGGCAUUUGCAGACUGUGACCCACUAUUUUAUUGCCAACCUUGCGGUUGCUGAUCUGCUCUUAAUGUCCAUGGUGCUUCCAUUUUCUGCAACCUUUGAGAUUCAAGGUUACUGGUUGUUUGGCCGCAUCUUCUGCAACGUAUGGGCUGCAGUGGAUGUCCUCUGUUGUACAGCCUCCAUAAUGAGCCUGUGUGCCAUAUCCAUUGACAGAUACAUAGGUGUCAGCUACCCACUUAGAUACCCCAGCAUCAUGACUGAAAGGAGAGGUGUUCUAGCUUUGAUUUGUAUAUGGGUUUUGUCCCUUGUGAUCUCAAUUGGACCUCUUUUUGGCUGGAAGCAGCCAGCCCCAGAAGAUGAUAAAAUCUGUGAAAUCACUAAAGAACCCGGGUAUGCACUCUUCUCGGCCUUUGGGUCAUUCUACCUGCCUCUCAGUAUCAUCCUAGUUAUGUACUUUAGGGUAUAUAUUGUGGCCAAAAGGGAAAGCAAAGUGUUAAGCAGUGGAAUGAAGCUUGAAAAGUCUGAUUCCGAGGAGGUAACCUUAAGAAUCCAUCGAAAAAGCACCCCAGAGAGUAUCGGUUCCACCUCUAGUUCAAAGCAAAAGACACACUUCUCGGUUCGUCUUCUUAAGUUUUCCAGAGAGAAGAAAGCUGCCAAGACUUUGGGUAUUGUAGUAGGAUGCUUUGUGUUGUGCUGGCUUCCAUUUUUUCUUGUCAUGCCUAUAGGAUCCAUUUAUCCACCGGCCAACUCCUCGGAUACUCUUUUCAAGAUAACAUUUUGGUUGGGUUAUUUUAACAGCUGCAUCAACCCAGUGAUCUACCCUUGUUCCAGCCCAGAGUUCCGGAAGGCCUUCCAAAACAUACUCCGCGCUCGCUGCUCUCACAGGCGGCAGGCUACAAGCAAAUACUACUCUGGUUUCCUCCUGAACAGCCCAGGACACAGGAGUUCAGAGGAAACCAAAAAUGUCGUGAGAAUUCCAGUGGGCUCAGGGGAGAUGUUUUACAGGAUCUCUAAGUCUGAUGAAGUUUGUGAAUGGAAAUAUUUUACCCCCUUGCCCAGCCCGGCAACGUCUUAUGGUGCUCCAAGAGAUUUUGCAAACUGUGCCUCGGCCAGAGUGAGCAGUAAGUCUUUUCUGAGAACCUGCUGUUGCGUUGGCACUCAACAGACUCGCUCCUGCCGUGACGUGCCCACCAUCAAGAUACACACCAUUUCUGUGAGCGAGAACGGUGAAGCUGUUUGAGCAUGGGAAAGGUAUUAAGGGAUUAUUAUUCUCGGGCAUUUCAAAUACUUGUAUUUGUGGAGUACAUGUGUCAUGGGAUGUACACAGGAGACAGAUCAGUUCCAGCUGGAGCUGGUUACAUUCCAUUUUGUCUUUUUCAAAACAACACGUCUAUGUGUGACCAGCACUGGCCAUUUUAAUUAUGCUGCUAUCAUUCCACCUCACACCUGGCUGCACCAUAACUUCCCUCCAAGGAAUGGACGGUGCUACGUGCAUGGGAAAUGUGGUGUGUCUUUAAGUAAGGCAUCCGAUUGCCAACCAACAACAGUUCAUUCGGUGAUUAUAGUGUGUCCACUUUUGUAUUCUCAUAGUGCCACUUCAUCAGUGGGUGUCAGCAAUGUUCAGUACAGACGGGGAACACCCGCGGGGUGACUUGCAUGCCGGCAAAAACCUCCAAAGUGCACUCGCCAACCUUUAAAAGUCCACUGUGUAACACAGGUCUACAUUAAAACAGAGAGGAUUUGGCUAAUUUUGGUUGAAGUCUUUUAUUUGCAUUUUCACUUCACAACCACCUCCCUAUUGGAUUUGUUAUUGCUCCAAUGGGACGAAUAUGCAUACAGUAGAACCCUCAUUUUACAUCCCCUGAUUUUAAGUUUUCCCUCAUUUUACAUUGUUGUUUUGUGGCCCCACCUAUAUAUUAUCCAUAAUGCAUUUCCCUUAUUUUACAUUUUCCUGGAUUUUACUGGUCUCCUGAAAAACUUAAAAUGGGGGUUCUACUGUAUGUGCUUUAAAAUAUGCAAAAAAGUCAAUAGUGCAUAAGGAAUAAUUUAAAAGAGCAGUUCCCCUUCAUUCAGUAUGAUGUAGACAGCAAGGUACUAAUGCUAUUUGCAGUUGCUCUUCAUUUUGGGGCAGAUGUAUGAAGGGUCGAAUAUCGAGGGUUAAUUAACCCUCGAUAUUCGACUAGGAACUAAAAU